GAUGGUGAGAAAGGUAGUAUCAAUGAAUUUGGACUUCCUCCGAACAUAAUUUGCAAACAACUUAUCUCUAUUAACAAUAGCUGGAAAUAACUAUCAGAAAGGAUCUUGCCAUGGACUUUAAGCCUGGAAAGAAGCAUCCCAGGAGCAAAUGCCAUUUGGUUGACCAGCUUUAAAAAACAUUUUCCUGUUGGAGUUCCAUCCUUCCCUCUGCCUGGCCUCCCUCAUCCCUACAGCUCUACAGUACCUCUUCAGGGAGUUUUGCCACAUCUACAGGCCCCACACAGCUCACAACAUCACCAUUCUGGAGAAAAAGGUUCUCCAGCUGGCUCUGGACACAUGGCAGUCUGUGAGAAAGCCUGAGUCUCUCUACAAUGCCCAGCUUCAGAAGGAUGUAGGUUGACCUCAGAAGUGGACUCCAGGGCUGUACAAGAUAUUUACCCAAGAGAGGGGUUUUGAUGAAUUCCAUCUGUUCUUGAGGCCAGUCUACUUUGAAUUCGCAUCACAUAAGGAGAAGGCAGACCAGCCACCUCCAGUGUUCAUUACAGCUCUGCUGGAAGAUAAUAGUCGAGUAGACAGAUAUGCUCCCUCUACACUUCAAUUGGCCAUCUCUGAGGUGGAUGAUAAUCAUAUUGGAAAAUUUAGUUUUCACAAAAAGGAAAGCAUUUUUCAGCUCUCGUUCUGUUCAGGAGUGGAAGACAUGCAAGUGACUGUGGCUUGCUAGACUGCUCAGAAAAAUGCUCUGAUGGUUACUGUCCAGCAGGCCGUAUUCUGCCACAGCCCACAGUUGAUCUACCCCAUGGACAGACAGGAGGGAAGUUCUCAUCUGAGGAGCCAUGAUGGGGCAGAUUCAACCCAUGGAAGUGGCAGCACUGGGAAUGACAGAGAAAGUGCAUCAUUGGUCACAGCCCCCAAAGUCUCAGGUUUACUCAUCCACCCUUCCCCAGGAGCCCAGCCUACCAAAAGGACUCCAGAGGCUUUUGUGUCUAUUCAAUUGGAAAAGCUGGGACUAUGUGACAUGAUGCUGAAUACCUUCCUCCAAAAGAAGGAGAUCAUGGGCAAGCGAGAGAAGAUGGCUGCUGAAUCAUUGCAUGUUCUAGUACUCUCUCCGGGGGCAGAUCAUUGCCUACUGCAACAGCCUGAGAGCCUUGUUGGAGGACUCCCCUACUAACAGCAAAACCUUCUUCAUGAUUGGGCAGCCACAAGAAAGAAAGAGAGAGAAGGAGUCCAAGGAAGGGGUCCAGGCUGACCCCCUGAGUUUUCAACCCUGGCCACGAUGCUUGCUGUCUUCUGAUGGAAGAACCUUUCUUAAUUUAUGGUUCAUACCCCAUCACUUGGAGGUACUGAUCAUGUUCAAAACUCUCCCAGAAAAGGAUGCCGUUAGGGCCCUGAAGCUCACUCUGAGGAUUAUCGCGCCCUUGCACGACAUAGUCGCCUAUCUCUUCAGCUUUGCUAAACUUGGAAGUGGCAAGGAACAUUUUGAUUUUCCUCUAAGUCCCAAACCUCUAAAAGCUGACUGGGGAGGAAUUGAAGGCAUUGGGGCUGAACUUAGAGAUGUGCAGAGAAUGAUUGACAGCCUUCAGAACCCCCAGGAUUCUAAUCAAGUGGCCCAGUCACUAAUGAUCCGGAGAGAAGUUAUGUUUCUACAGUUUGAUGCAGCCGUGAGACACCUCAUCCAAGGAACAUUUUUGCUUGCUGGAAACAUUUCUGCCUCCCAAGCUGUCACAGAUUCCUUGUUCCACGGAUUACAACCAAUGAGCAACAAUCUUGUAAAGUCCGUGUUUGCUUUGCAACUCUGUCUUCCUCAGCCACUUGAUCCACAGAGCCACCAGGCAUUCAUGCUGUUUCCUUGGAGGGCAUUCCUAGCAGUUGGAGGCCCAUUUCCAAUUAUCCUCAGCAGCCCAGACCCCCUAGAAUACAAUAUGCAGUUAUGCCUGUGUGGACUGAAUGAUCAUGACCGAAAAGUGGCGCAUGGGGAGCUGGUGUCUGUGCAGUUACAGAUGGAGGAUGUGCUCCUGACAUCCAAAGUGAACAAAAUGGCUGAAUUAAAUGGAAGUCAAUCCUGGGGCAGCCCAAAGACCAUCAGAACACUUGAGAAGCAGCGGGACCCACUGACAGCCUAUGCUUUCCUGAGAUCUUUUCUCAUUAUCUGGAAGCAGCUCAAAGUGCUAAAGGAGGGAUGGGGCCAGCUCAGACUGAGGGUGGCAGACAUCAACACAGUUGCUCUGUUUCAACAGUUUUUGGAGCUCUAUGGAGCUACUAUUCUUUACCCUACCAUGAAAACCAUUGCCAGACAGAUGGGUAAAGAAGACGAAUUCGAAGGACUUAUAAUAAGUUGUCGAUCUAUACUUCCUCCGAAAGGAGCUUCAGAAGUUGAAAUCAAAACCCGCCAGCUUCAAAAACUUCUGGAAAAAUUUGAAAGUCAUAUGAUCCAUGAGGUGCUAAGAAAAGUUAAAAAGGAAAUAACCUUAGUUAUGUCAGAAAAGGCUAAAGAAGACUGUGUCCUCCCUACAGAGCUCUGGAAACACCAAGUUAUGAAAGAAAAUGUGUCCAUUGUAAGGCCACAAAUAGUUGAAAUUUUUAUACAGUGGUUAAUGGAAAGUUACCAAGAUGCAGGACCAAGAAUCACUUUCAAGAAAGACCACUUAGAGACUUGCCUCCUUUCCCUGGGUUGUGAUGUGAUGGCCAGAGAAUGCAGCACCUUUGAGACCUAUUCCACGUCUUAUGAAAAUCUGCUGCAGCAGGCCAAUGAGAUGCUCUACCAGAAGGAACCAGUAUAUUCAUGGGACUGGAAGGGCCGUGUCUUCGGAGGAGGCUUGAAGAAGGGUACCACAUAUUACUGUGUAGUCUUGCAAGUGGAACAUGAAGAGGUAGCAGGGCUGGUGCAGGAUAUGAUCUUGGAAAUCACUGCUCUCAGAGCCAGACUCAUGGAUCUAGAAGAUGAGAGUCUCCUCCUCAAGGAAAAGAUAAGAAAAGAAGUCCAAGAGGAAUAGGAAGCCUUAGUUCGAGCCUUAUUUGCGACCUGUUUACAUAUCUAAGAGAAAUUGGAUGAGCAUCAGCUUAAAAUGAGCUGGAAAGUGUGUGAUCUCAUCAGUGAAGUGAGAAAAGAAGGGGUUGACAGUAUGAUUGAUUUGAAGAAAAAAAUUGGCUUCAGCAAAGUUGCUAAUGGAUUGAAAGAAAACUUAGCCAAAGAGUAGAUUCAGGCCCUACAGGAGGAAAACAGGUGACUGGAGGAGCUGGUGUGCAAGGUGAAGACCAUAAGCCACUGGAAACUAACUGUACAACAGCAGCAGCUCCAGAGACAGCUAAGAAAUGCAGAGAAGGAAGGUACGCAAAGCAAAAAAAAAUAUUUACGAAUCAAGAUAAUGGCAGAACACAAGAGCAUUUUACUACAACAACAAUUACUGGCUUUAAGGAAGGCUCUGGCCAGAUCUCAAGCAGAGAAUGUGAAGAUGGAGAAGCAGCUUGACAAGCAGAAACAGAUGUUGAAAGAAUUUGAAUACAAAAUGACCCAUGAAAAUCUAAAUAGGCAGCAGUUGGAUGUGAUGAAAACAUCCAGCAUGGAGAAAUUCUUGGAAGACAUAGAGAAGAAAGAACAAAGGCCCUAUCUUCUCACUGAGGAAGUAGAAAGGUCUUCUAAGAUGGGCCAACUCCAACAAAAGAAAAUUAAGAAAGAAAUCCAACAGAUAAGCCAACUUGCCCAAGAAAGAAGUUUAAAGUUGGAUGCAUUCCAGCGAGUGAAUGAAUUGCAAAGUCAGCUUUAUGAUAUAGAAAGUGCAUCAAUCCAAAUAAACUCACUGGGAGGUCUUACAUCAUGGGCUAACUAUACUCGAAGUUCUGUCUCUACUCCAUGCAGAUAUUCCCAGCAAUACCUUUUAAAGUCAGAUCCUAAAAGCAGUGAAAUAAAAAGGAUUCAAAGGCCAAGGACUGUGCCCAUGAAAUGCAGGAGAGGAGAAUCUUGCUUACCCAACGUGACUGAUAAUGUUCAGCCAGCAGCUUUUCGAAUUCCUACUGCUCAGCAACCCACAUCCCUGCUCAGGCCUACACACUGGUAGUCACAGCUGUUCUUUUCAAGUUUUUCUAAAAGGAACUAACUACUCCCCUGCUUCAAAGUUAUUGAAUAAAAAUGGCUAUUAAAACAUUACUAUAUUAAACUCUUCAACUGUGUUCGGUACUGCUGUUGGAACCACUGUUAUAAAAUAGCAAAUUAUUUAAAAUACUGCAGCCUACAAGCAUGCAACAAAAAAAUAUUUGGCACCAUUUAAGAUACGGUGAAGUUACUUCUGCCAAAACUGGAGACAGGCAUACCCAACCUAUCAACUGCCAUUAACAGAGCUGCUAAAAACAGGUAUCAAUCAAGAGAUGCAUUACAGGCAACAAUGAGUUCUAUAGGAACAAUGUUUAUGAACACCUAAGCAACAUGGCCAUAGGGCAGAGACUACUGGGAUAGUUAACUCGACCUUGCAGAAAAUGCUAUUUGUCCCCUGGGUUCUGGGAACUUUAAUUAGCUCAUUAACAAUGACUCAGAAGUUUGGAAAAUUUCUAGAAAUGAAAAAGACUUGCAGCAGAGUCUAAGUGAAAGGUGAAAAUACCAACUUGGUAAGUGUAUAGCUCUUGAUCUACUGUAACAAGCAUUUGGUACAAAGCAUUUACUACAUUUACUUCAACAAGUGCCACCUCCUUGGCUCAUCUGUUUCUUCCAAAGACUGGUAGAGUACAAGCCUACCAUUGUUACCUGUGACUCUACUAGGUACAGCACUCCAAAAAUAUCUUCCUCCCCGCAAAAACCUGUACCGAAGCCAUUUCAUCUACAAAACCACCUUCGGAAUCCUGUGUUUUAAAGAAUCUCAUUUCUUUAGGGAUGUAAAAGCAGAUCUGUACAAUAUUAGGAAAACUGGCUGUAACCAAGAUCAGUUGGAAAUUCAAAUUCAGUGUUUCAAAGGUAAAUGAAUCCUUAUCCAAAAAUUUCAGGCAUAUAGUCUCUUUUCUUAAACAGGGGAUCCUUAACCAAAGUCAGUUUCUUUUUUUUUCUCUGAGUUCUUUGACUGAAGUUGGACCAUUUUCAUUUUUUUAACAGAAAAUUGGCUUAAAUGAAAUUAAUAGCUUAGUUUCCUCCAAAAGGGAGAGAAAAACUGUUAAUUUUCAGAUGUCAAGUCUACAACAAGGACUAAUAUGUCCUGCUGCUUUUAUAUCCACAGCAACAAUUCUCCAAAAUGGACCAAUUUCACUUUCAAAUCUUACCCUCACUGAAAUGGCCCUGGUAAAAGUAGCUGUUACAUUCAGUCUGAAAUUUAAUAUUUGUAUGCCCAAACAGCAAAAUCAUUCUUGGAAAUCCUUAUCUUGUGAUCCUCUAAUUACAGAGCAAUAGUUUCCCAGAGAAUGUUUCACCUUCCUUGAUUAAAGUCAAUAGGAGGGUUUUAGUAUUAGUGAAAAACAGUUUUAGUUGUGGUGUACAACUCAUCUAAAAGCCAAAAAUGGAAAUCACAUAAGCACUUAAUACCAUGUCAGGGACCUGUGAUGUCAAUGGCACUUGAACUCUCAAUGUUUUGUCUAUAACUGAAAAGCUACCUGAGGCUCAGACAGGUUAAGUAUAGUCAACCAGAUCUGAACCCAGGUCUUUCUGACAUCUAGCACUCUUCUUGUCAUUCCAUUCUGCCUGUCUUUAAUUCCACAAUCAAAUCAUAAAAGCCAAUUAAUUCAACAUGUGAAUUUAUUUUAAGUCAGUUUGGUCGUGAUUACAGAUUGAUUUAGCAUUGUCUUCACCAAAAACAUAAAAUGAAAUUCAAAAUACAGCAAUCUGCCUAUGCAACAAACAA